AUGAACCGCCUCUUCGGCUCCAAGCCCACGGGCCCCAAACCCACGCUCGGCGGAGCCAUCAACAACCUCGACACCCGCAUCUCCUCCGUCGACACCAAACUCAAGGCGCUCAACAGCGAGCUGGGCGCAUACCAAGAGAAGCUGUCCCGGAUGCGCGAGGGCCCCGGCAAGCAGGCCAUGAAGCAGAAGGCGCUCAAGGUUCUCCAGCGGCGCAAGGCGUACGAGGCGGAGAAGGACAAGCUCGAGAGCCAGGUGUGGAACAUGGAGCAGGCGAACAACAUGCAGGACAACCUGAAGAACGUCAUGACGCAGGUAGAUGCCAUGAAGACGACCAAUAAGGAGCUGAAGAAGCAGUACGGAAAGAUCGAUAUCGAUAAGAUUGAGAGGCUGCAGGAUGAGAUGGCCGAUUUGAUGGAUGUGGGUAACGAGAUCCAGGAGAGCUUGGCGAGGAGUUACGAUAUCCCUGAUGAUGUCGAGGAAGACGAGCUGGAUGCUGAGCUGGAGGCAUUGGGGAUGGAGGUCGAGAUGGAGCAUGAGAUGGGUGGCGCGGUGCCAGGUUUCUUGCAGGAUGAGGUUGUGCCAGAGUUUGUGGAUGAGCCACCUCAGACUGAGGGCAAGGUGAAGCAGGCCGCAGGUUGA